AUGGCGGAAGCCAGUGCCCGUCCACGAGUUUUAAUCCUGGGUGGUACAGGGUUUAUAGGAAGAAAUCUGGUGUCAUACUUGGUUAAGAAUAAUCUGAUUAGUAAUGUGAGAGUUGCUGACAAAGUGCCACCUCCCAUGGCAUGGCUUAGUCCCAGACACAAGGAGAUAUUUGCUAUGCCUCAAGUAGAAUUCAAACAUUCCAAUCUUAUAAACCCAAAGUCAGUAGAGAAUGCUUUUGCGGACCCUGAUGGAGAGUUUGAUUAUGUGAUAAACCUGGCUGCUGAAACUAAAUAUGGACAGACUGAUCCUGUAUAUCAAGAAGGCGUGGUCAGAUUAAGUGAUAACUGUGCCCAAGAGGCAGCUAGACGUAAUAUUAAAAGAUAUAUAGAGUUUUCUGCUGGUCAGAUGAAUUCUUCAGAAAAGAAACCAUGUAAAGAAGACUGCAAAUGUUCUCCUUGGACCAAACUUGCCAAACACAAGUUAUUAGUAGAAAAUCAUCUUCAAAACAUUCCAGAUCUGAAUUUUGUAAUUAUACGACCUGCUAUAGUGUAUGGUAUUGGUGAUAGAAAUAGCUUAACUCCAAGAUUACUUAUCGGUGCUAUAUACAAAUACAUCAGACAGAAGAUGAAGAUGCUUUGGACCAAGGAUUUAAAAAUGAAUACAGUCCAUGUUGAUGAUGUUUGUCGAGCUGUUUGGCACCUUUGCCUGCAUGGUCAGAACAGGGAAAUAUAUAAUGCGGUGGACGAAGGCCAUACUACCCAAGGAAGAAUCAGUGAGUUAGUGUCAGAAAUCUUCAGCAUUAACUGUUCCUUUGUAGGAUCAGCUUUAUCCAAUAUAGCUCAGGUUAACAUGUCUAGUGUAGUGGAAGAAAUAAAUGAUAAACACAUGGAGCCCUGGGUAGAUGCCUGUCAGAAAGACAAUAUAGAAAACACUCCACUUAAUCCAUUUAUAGAUCAGGAACUUCUCUACAAUAAACAUGUACACUUAGAUGGUUCCAAGUUAAAACAGACUGGGUUCCAGUACAACAUUCCAGAACUUAAAACAGAUCAUCUGAAAGAGAUGUUAGAAGAUUUUCUUCAGAUGAAACUUUUCCCAUUGUCACUCUUGUCUGGAGACGUAGUAUGGACGGGUGAAGAGAAAUCGUUAGACUUUGAAGAUGGAACAGAAGAGGAGGAAAAAUCUUAAUGUUUAUGACUUUGGCUCAAGUGAUUACAUAGUUCAAGGAUAUACUGUUUUACAAAAAAGACAAGUGUUUCUAAAAUGCUAUUGGUUAACCUAUUGAGGACCAUAAUUAACCAAGUGAUGAUUUAUAAAGAUCAGUGGCUAAUUUCACCAAAAAUCCUACGAGGAAAAAUACUUGUAAGUCAUGUUGUAAGUCAAUAUACUGUGGACUCAUUAUUAUAUACGAUACCAAUUUUCCUCUACUAAGAGGCAUAGGUAAACUCCAAAUUUUAAAUAUUCAACAAAGUAUAAAUUUUCAGACUUUGGCAAAACCAUAAAAACAAUAAUCUACAAAAAAUAUAUUUUUCCUCAAACCAUGAAAAAUAUGUUUUCCCUCAAUCCACGAAAAUUGAUACAAACGAAAUUAAAUGAAUCCACAGUAACUAACAAUUAUUUUUUGUCAGAAGAUUUUUUGUGAAAGAGCCCAAGGAUGUUGAACAAUAAUUGAUUUUACUACUCUUGAACAAUGCAUUUGUCCAAAGUAAACAGAUUAUUUAUAGGGUUUUUUAAAUUAUAAAUAUUUUACUGCAAUUUCUAUUUUGGUCCACAUGUUUGUAAUCAAUAUCACCAAACAAAAGAUGAGAAGUGAUUUGCCAUAUAUCUUUGUUAAACAGUAUAUGCCUUAAUUACAUAGCCUUGCAAGCCACACAUGGAAAGGUUAAAUUUUCAGUAAAAGUUUUAGAAAAAACUUGAAGUUCCCACAAAAUAUUGCAUCACAAUUUAAAACAUUUGAUGUCAUAAUUAAAAAGUGAUUGUUGCAUGACAUCUGAAGGUUAUUCUGAGACAAUUCAUUUAAAUACCCAAUAGGUUGAAUACGUCUUUUGAGGUUUCCAAAAUAUAUAAGAAUUUUUAAAAGCUUCAAUUUGAACAAAGUUAAUACAAAUUGUUUAUGGCUUUAAUGAGAGAAAAGUUAACACAAAAUUUUAAAGCUUUGAUGUUAUUAGGGCUUUUCCAGAAUUAAUUGAAUGAGUGAGGGCAUGUCAGAAGGCUCUUUUAUUAAAAUUUGAUGGACGGUGGUAAUUUUAGACAGAUAGCCUUAACAAUUAUAUGAAAUAAUCAAUUAAUACUUUAUGCAUGGCAGGGUUAAAUAAAAGGUGCCUUCCGACCCCCCCUCCUGUAAGCCCAUAGGACAGUUGACAAUUCACAACAAUCAUUUUGCAAAGGAAUAAAUUCAAAAAAAAAUUUCUAGAUUUGAUAAU